GUUAGAUCUAGAAACUCUUCAUUCUCUCCAUUUUCAUCAAGAACACAAACACCUUCAAAUCCACAAUUCUUCAUCAUCCUUCAACGAAAUCUCAAAAUUCUUUUUGCAUUCAACUCAUAUCAUCUUCUUCUCCAUCUGUUUGAGCUGUUUGGAAGGAAUAGAGUGAUGAAUCGCAACUGUCAUGCUUGAGCUCAACAAUGGAGUUUUCACUUUUCUUGCGUUUGGAUCGUGUUCAAGCCAAUUCGACUUCUCCAAUCACCUCCUUGGAUGUUAAUCUGCAUCUGUUUUCAUAAAUUGAAGGGUGAAGCUCACGGAUUCCUCGCCGUCGUCGGAAUAAGGUACUUUAGUUGCUCAGUUCCUUGUGAACUAUUGCUUUGCUUUGCUUAAGCAACUUGCAUUUGAGGAACCAUUGCUCGUGCUCGUAGAGUCAUCCCUUUGCACUCGACCCGACCUCACAGAUAUUUCACCAGAAGAAAUACACCCAGACUGAUGGAACUCCCAAACGCAGAUAUCCUCGAGCUGAAAGAUAAGAUGACUGAGCUGAUCAACAUCAUGAAGGGUUUUGCAGUUGAUCAGAAAGCUUUGGCUGACAAAGUUGAAAAGCUCGAGCGGGCUUCAGCUGUUAACAGUGUUGUUAAUCUGGAUGGUGUCUCCAAUCAGGGGCUGGGUGGAUCCAGAGACGGUGAAAAUAGAGAAACUGUGGGUAUGGUGAACAACAAUGCUGCUGGAUUUGGUGUUGCCACUGGUGGUGGGCCCGGUCAGGGGCAAAAUCCGAGAGACGGUCUGUUGUCUCCAUUCUUCGGGUUUGAUGAAGACAGAGAGGAAGACCGAGAAGCUGAUCAAUUCUCCAUGCACAACGAGCCAUUCGGGCAGUACAAUACCCAGCCACAAAACAAAGAGAUCCAGUUGCUGGCAGAGAAGGUAAGGGCUCUGGAAAGCCAUGCUACUCCGGGAUUUGUCAAUAUGUCCAACAUGGGGCUAGUUGAGGGGAUCGUGAUCCCACAGAAAUUCAAAGCGCCGGCAUUUGACAAAUAUAAUGGAAGUUCUUGUCCAGAGACCCAUCUCCAAGCUUUCGUUCGCAAGAUCUCUGCAUACACGACUGAUCAGAAGCUAUGGAUGUACUUCUUCCAGGACAGUCUGUCCGGAGGAUCCCUGGAGUGGUACACCAAGCUGAAGUCUUCUGACAUCAAAAGCUGGCAGGAUUUGGGAGAUGCAUUCUUUAAACAGUACCAGUUCAACGCUGAUAUGGCUCCGAGUCGUACCCAGCUGCAGGGUAUGUCUCAGAAAAACAAUGAGGGGUUUAAGGAAUAUGCUCAACGGUGGAGGGAGUUGGCUGCCAGAGUUCAACCGCCGCUAGUGGACAGAGAGAUGUCUGAUCUCUUCAUGGGUACCCUGCAAGGGGUUUUUGCUGAAAGGAUGGUGGGUUGUCCGGUAACCAACUUUGCAGACAUUGUGGUGGCCGGGGAGAGAAUUGAAAGUUGGCUGAAAAUGGGGAAAAUCCAGGGUGGUAUUGCUUCAUCAUCAGGAUCGAAGAAGCCGUUCGGGAACGGUCAGCGCAAGAAUGAGGGUGAAUCGAGUGCUGUGUAUGCCCAAGGAGGACGCGGUAGGGAUCGUUACUACCAGCACGUUGCUGCGGUAACCAUCCCUGCUGGUAAUCAUUCUGCACGACAGCAGCGUCAGCCACCUCAACAGAGAGCUGGGUACCAGGCGAAAGGGAAAGGGGUUGAUCGCCAUUGUGACAAGCCGCCCGUGUCAUAUGCCGUGCUGUUCAAAAAGUUGAGGGAUUUGGGGUUGGUCCAGCCGAGGGCGAUGGUUCCGAUAAGAACAGAUCAGUGGCCUCCUGAUUACGAUGAGAAUGCCAAGUGUGAAUUUCAUUCUGGUACGCAGGGGCAUAACAUUGAGGGCUGUAGAGCAUUCAAGAAUGUCGUCCAAGAUCUGGUGGACUCCAAAGCUAUCAAUUUUGCGCCAUCACCGAAUGUUAAUGCUAAUCCCAUGCCGGUACAUGGUCAAGCGACGGUGAGUGCAAUUGCUGAAGAUGCAGAUUACACCUGUGCAGUGGGUGGAGAGACCAACAGUGACUGCAAGCUGGAUGGUUGGGUAAAACCGUGUGCACCAGGGCAGCAAAUCCUGAACUGGAGGGUUUGAAAGAUCAACAUUGUUACUCAUCUGGAAGAGUAGCAUUUCUUGUUUUCAGUUUAUUUGCAUGAAAGCCAUACGUGUUGCCCGACACGUAAUGGUCCAUUGUAAGGGCCACCUCAUGUUUAAAUUUGCAUUUUCUGCAUCAUUA